AUGCAUUUUAUGGCCAACAUAAGUUAUUGGAAAUCUUUAACUGACCUAUCAGUUAUUAUAAGUAUUUUCAAGUUUAAAAAUGUAGGAAAUGUUAUUCUUCUUCAUUGUUUUGAAUUGCAGCAUUUUCAUCAGGCUCAGAAAAUGUUUAUAGAAAAUAACAUGCGGGUAGCUGUUUCUCAUAUAAAUGAUAUUUCUGCACAUAAUUGGUUGUAUCAGUAUUCAAGGUUAGGUGUGGUUGUUGACACAAGCUGUAACCUUUGGGAAACAAGUUUCAGUGCUUUCCAUGAGCCAUUCCAAAGCCCUCUCUCAUGGAUUUUGAAAUCCGAUGAUAUUUCAAAAACAAAAGACAUUUUAUCUCAAUAUCCUAUUGAGUUUACUUCCGAUGUUAAUGUAUUAUGCAACAGAAGUGGUUCUUACAAAAUUUAUGACUUAUACAAUAAAAGAUACAACCUCAAGGACAAUUUUAUUCUCAGUGAAAUCGGAUAUUGGGAUGGAAACUUAUUUUUAUUGACCAAACGCAACAAACAGUUGACAGGAGUUAGGCUGCAAAUAACUGUUGUAUAUCCGGACCCUAUACGCAAUGUAACGUUUAAUCAUUUUCUAAAUCUACACAAGAGAUCCCAAAUCGACUCGCUACAUAAGCUAAAGUUUUUUACGCUCAUCAUGUAUUUACGAGAUAUGUACAAUUUUACGUAUAAUCUCCAACGCACAGCGUCUUGGGGAUACUUGCGCAAUGGUAGCUUCGAUGGGUUAGUAGGUGCUUUACAGAGGAAGGAGUCUGAUAUUGGAGGCACUUCUGUUUUCUUUAGAAAGGAUAGAUGUGAAGUUAUUGACUAUGUUGCUGAAACUUGGGGAAGCAGAAUUUGCUUCAUUUUCCGCCACCCUAAGCAUCCAGGUGGUAGUUUUGCGAUUUACGCACGACCUCUUGUUAACGCGGUUUGGUAUAGCACGGUUGGACUAUUGCUAUUUAUCGGGGCUUUUCUCUAUAGUCUCCUUAAACUAAACACAUUUUUAAGGCUAGGAGGUUCGGAGGAUACUACACCAUCGCUCACGGCUUUAUUUGUUUUUAGUGCUUUAGGACAGCAAGGAAUGUCAAUACAUAGAGGAUCAACAGCGGUGAAGAUUACGAUUUUUAUAACCUUUAUGUUCACGUUGACAUUGUAUCAGUACUACAAUGCAAUGCUUGUGUCAACUUUAUUGCGUGAACCUCCUAAAACAAUUCGUACUUUAACGGAACUAUUAAACAGCAACCUGAAGAUAGGUGUGGAAGAUGUGGUCUACAAUAGAGAUUAUCUCAAGCGCACAACCGAUCCCGUAGCAAAAGCUCUGUAUCGUGAGAAAGUAGUGACGGCAAGAGAAAACAAUUUUUAUCCACCCAUAAAAGGCAUGGAACUAGUUAAGUCUGGAGGCUUUGCUUUCCACGUCGAUACGAUUAUUGCGUACCCCAUAAUGCGGUGGUCGUUUACGGAAUCCGAGAUUUGUGAGGUCCAAGAAGUUUAUAUGAUACCUCCGCAAAAGAUGGGGGCUAUACUUCAAAAGCGAUCACCUUAUAAGGAACACGUUAGACUUGGAAUAAGGAAAAUGAUGGAAACUGGAGUAAUGAGCAGAUUGAAGGCUAUAUGGGACGAAGCGAAGCCUCCCUGUGUACGUACACCUGGCACACGCGCUUUUUCAGUCAACAUACAAGAGUUCUCUACUGCGCUUAUUCUGCUUGGUAUUGGGAAUAUUCUUGCUCUUACUGUAUUGGUUAUUGAGAAUAUUGUGUUUAUAGUUAGCAAAAAUAGUAAAUAAUAACUAAUAAAUUUCUUGCAGAAAUGGCUUACCUUGUAUACACUAGAAUUUUUGAAAAUUGAAGUUAUCUUAAAAUUAAUAGAUACAUGUCUAAAGCUACCAAAUUCCAACAUUCCAAAAUCUUGCAAUAAGUUAUCAUUUAUCUCUCGGUUUUAAGAUCACAUUUUUUUAGUUGGUAAAAAUUAUAUUAGUUAGCAAUAGUUAUUAAGUAAGAGGAACAGAAAGUACUAAACUAUUGCCCAAGGUAGAAGCAAGCGGUACAUGGCAGUGUCGCACAGGGCAGACAGAAUUGGGGGAAUCUGGAGGAGGCCUUUGCCAAAAAAGGGCACACAGAUACCUAAAAAGGAGAUAGAAAUAUAAAUGUGUUUAAGUGUAAAUUAUCUGAAAUAAGAAUCUUUUAUUAUUAUUAAGUAAUAAAGCAUGUUGUUUGCCUGUUAAAAGAUGUACAAUCAGGUUUUAUUGUUAUUUUUGUGUUCCUAGGUGUAAUGCUCGUUGGUAAACCUUUUUAAAUAAAUAAAGUUGUUGCUUAUAUAUCUC